AUAAUUCGUGAGAGAGAGCUCAUCUUUGCUGAAGUUUUUCUCUUUGGAAAAACAUGGCAUUGAAAUACAUGAGACAAAUUUCAAAAAUAAUGUGCAGAACAGCUUAUAUUCAAAGAAAUAUAUGCACAACUCGACCGGUGUGUUUAGGGAUGAUACCAAUUGUUGUCGAACAGACGGGACGAGGUGAACGUGCUUACGAUAUUUAUUCGAGAUUGCUCCGGGAACGAAUUAUCUGUCUCAUGGGCCCCAUAAACGACGAUAUCAGUUCACUAGUAGUAGCUCAGUUGCUGUUCCUUCAAUCGGAGUCGAGUAAGAAACCUGUUCAUUUGUACAUAAACUCUCCAGGAGGCAAUGUUACAGCUGGGCUCGGCAUUUAUGACACCAUGCAGUAUAUUACUCCACCCGUUGCAACUUGGUGUGUAGGCCAAGCCUGUAGUAUGGCUUCACUGUUGUUAGCAGCGGGAGCCCCGGGGAUGCGACACGCUCUUCCCAAUUCACGCAUAAUGAUCCACCAGCCCUCUGGUGGAGUAAGAGGGCAAGCAACUGACAUACAAAUUCAAGCUGAAGAAAUAUUGAAACUCAAAGCUCAAAUCAAUACUUUAUAUGUAAGACAUACUGGUCUCCCCAUUGAGAAAGUCCAGAACUCUAUGGAGCGUGAUAACUUCAUGUCUCCAACAGAAGCCAAGGCGUUUGGGUUGAUUGAUAAUGUUUUGGAACAUCCACCAUCACAUGCUAUGGAAAAGGAAUGUGCUACUGCAAGCGGCACUGGUAAUACUGGGGUGUCCCCCAGUAUAGCUUAAUAUUGUAAAAAAAUGUUAAAUAAUAAAUGUAGACUAUAUUUUGUAUCAAAUUUUUUUUUUAUUCAAGUUUGUAGUAGUUCUUUUUAUAAAUGGAAAAUUUUGUUCUGGAAUUAGCUCUCUAAUCCCAAAACCAAACAAGAUACCCAGUUGUAGAAGUAGUUGACAUUUCA